AUGCUGCAAGAAAGAAAGGCAUCAGACGCCCCCAUUGACGAGAACCUGAGCUACUACAGCCUGACGUACGGCUGCAAGCACGGCGGAAGAACGCACAAAUCCGUGUCAACAGGUGCUCGUCCUAAACAAACGAAUGCAACUUCACUGCUCCUAUGUAUCAUUUUAUACAAGACAUACAAGAUCAAAUGCCCGGCCCACAUUUCCUUCCUUGCCACCAAAGAUGGGAAAUGCUUGGAAGUCAUUGAAGUGGUUGACGAACACGCUCACACGUUGAGUGAGAAGUGUUUCCAGCUCCUGCCACGCCAAAGAAGGCUCAACGAAGAGGAAACAGGUGAAGCGAAGAAACUUCUCGCACUAAAAGCUAAUAAGAAAUGCAUACAAGGGCACUUCUUCAAUGGUGAGAAGAGAAUACUCCUGCGUGACCUUCACAACUUAACAACAAACAUGCAGGCGGAGAAAGGGAAAGGGUCAACGCUCAAUUUCAUUGCCUCACGUGUGGAGGAAUCUGGCGGCACUAUGGACAUUCUUGUGGAUAGUGAUGAUGUGCUGACUGACCUUUUCUACCAGGAUAGUGGCAUGAAAAAGGCAUAUGAGAACUUUCCAGAGAUUGUUUUUGUUGAUGCCAUUCAUAAGACCAAUGAUAAACCGAUGCCAUUGUAUGUUGUCCUUGUGGAGGAUUCCAUAUGGUGAGAGUGAAAUAGGGGCAUUGAUAUUGGGUGCAGGUGAG